GCCAUGCCCGUCAGUUGGCUCCGCGCCUCCGUCGCUCACUCGUCAACCAUUUCCCCCCUCCGUCCGGUCGCCUCUUCGAUUUUAUUUUUACUUUUUUUUUCAACAUUUUCGGUGGAAUUUCGGCCCAGUUCUACGUGACUAGCAAACACAAACAAUAGGCGCUUGAUGUAGUGUUAAUUGAAACCUGAAAGGGGAUCCACCAUUAUCAGUCAAGUUGUCGGCGAAGCCAUGACGAAUACAUCGCAGCUGUCGUUCCGUGGCGUGAGGGCCUCCAAAUUCCGCCACGUCUACGGCCAAGUUGCCCGCAAAGACAAGUGCUACGAGAACGUCAAAAUCACCAAAGACGCCCACGAUUCCAAUUGCUGCGCCGCCAAUCCCAAAUUCCUGGCCAUCAUCACCGAAGUGGCCGGAGGCGGAGCUUUUAUCGUUUUGCCGCUGGAGAAGACGGGCCGGUUGGAUCUCAACGCUGGGAAGGUGACGGGCCACGCCGGUCCCGUGCUCGACAUCAAAUGGAAUCCGUUCAACGACAACGUCAUCGCUUCCGCCUCGGAGGAUUGCACCGUCAAGUUGUGGCACAUCCCCGACGGCGGGUUCACGGACAACGUCCAGCAGUGGCUGGUGGAGCUGCGCGGCCACAAGAGGCGCUGCACGUACAUCGAAUGGCACCCGACGGCCGACAACGUCCUCCUCAGCGCCGGCUCUGAUCACCUGAUUUUCGUGUGGAACAUCGGGACCAGCACGCCCAUCAACGUCAUCAAAUGUCACCCGGAUGUCAUUUAUUCCAUGUCGUUCAACCGCGACGGCUCCCUGCUGGCCACCACCUGCAAGGACAAGCAGUUGCGCAUCAUCGAGCCGAGGACGGGCCGAGUGGUCAAGGAAGGCACCUGCCACGUCGGCAGUAAAUCCAGCAAAGUCGUUUACCUGGGCGACACGGGCCGGCUCUUUACGACCGGAUUCUCGCGCACGUCGGAUCGCCAAUACGCCCUGUGGUCGCAGGAGGACCUGGGCGUGCCGCUGCGGAGCGAGAUGAUCGAUUCCUCUUCGGGGAUCCUGAUCCCCUACUACGACGCCGACACGCGGAUGAUUUACGUGGCCGGCAAGGGCGACGGCAACAUCCGCUACUACGAGAUCGUCGACGAGGAGCCGUGGAUUCAUUACCUGACGCAAUACCUGUCGGGCUCGCCGCAGCGCGGCCUCGGCUUCAUGCCCAAGCGCGGCGUACAGACGCAACUCUGCGAGACGUUCCGCUUCUACAAAUUGCACGCGACGCGCGGAUUGUGCGAGCCCAUCUCGAUGAUCGUCCCGCGCAAGAGCGAAACUUACCAGGACGAUCUCUACCCCGACACGGCAGCUCCCACUCCGUCGCUCACGGCCGAGGAGUGGAUCAAGGGCACCAAUCGAGACCCCGUCCUCAUGUCCAUGAAAACAGGAUCGGUCUUGCCGCACACAGUCAGGACGUUCAAGCCCGUCCGCUACGACCCGGUGGAGCGCAAACUCUUGACGUCGGACAAGAAUAAUGACAAAAAGUUUGCUUUCAUCACGCAAGAAACAGUCGUCGACUAUCGACCGGUCGAGCGGGCCGAAUCCGGUUUCCACGACAUGAACCCGUCGACGGACGAGGACGAAAUGGCCUCGUCCGAUUCGCACGAGAAUGACGAGGAAGACGACGACGACGAGGAUGACAGUGAUCCGACGGCUCAACGCGAGAGGAUCCGUCGAAAUCACGUCUGGGCCAUCAUCAGCUUGCUGGAAGAGCAAGCCAAAGGACCUUAUCACUUGAUGAUGCGUGCGGCAGACGCCAAGGCAGCAAAGACCUCCUGCAACUUGGGCACAAAGUUCCAACAAACUCAACAAAUGUGGUCGCGACCGACUCGUUCCAUGACUCAGUUGAACAUUAUUUCGCCUACCAAUGGCAUGCAUAAAGCGAAUAGCAUCGGGAUCGGAAGCAUCGGAGCGGCCAAUCAGCGCGCCAUUUCCGGAACGGCUUUCAUGUCUUCUGAGAAAGCCAUCGAAAUCAUCGACGCUCCUGCCCAGGGAAUGGAGUUACGGCGAUCGACGAACGAUGCCCAAAUCGAAGAAAUCCGUCGCCUCAAGCAGCAACUGGCACUCAAAGACCGGCGCAUUCACGAACUGGAGGAGCAACUCCAACGUUACAAAAAUUCUUUUAUCGGCGACUCGACGGCGUGAUGGGCAGAGCAGCUGGCAAGCGUCAAAACACCAUCGCCCGGCCUUUCCCGGCCAAUUUCGAGGAAGACUGACGCUAAAGUCCCGUCACUCUUUUUCCAUCCGUGUUGUAUAUAAAUUAUGCAAGGAGUCUGUCAUCAGACCUUCUUUUUUUCUUUUCUUCUUUUUUUUUUUUCGCUUCAAACUUGUGUGUGUGUUGCGAUGACGCGCUUCCCUGUUGCGAAGUCGAACGGCCGCAGUAGAUAGGUCCAUCUGGCCAACGUCUCGCUUUAUCCACUCGGAAAUUGUUCGCUGGUCGAAUGCCAGUUUCGUGCAUUUGCAGCUUUCAUUUCGUUGUUUUCUGUGAGAAUAUUUUGUUUUUUCUGCCUCACCGGAAUUGACUUGGAAUUUUUUUUCUUUUUUCUCUCAUUUGCUCGAAACCGUUAAGCAUUUGGUCUUUUUCCUUUUUUUUCGAUUUGCGCCGCCUCGCCUGACUAGGAUUGUGUGUAAAAAAGUUAAAAGACGUGUUUUUUUUUUCCUUUGGCUCUUUCUUAUAAAUAUAUACAUAUGACAUCAUAAAUCAUUCCAUUGACUUUGAA